AUGGCCAACGACCACUUCCUGACGCUGUCGUGCCCUGACAAGCCGGGCAUCGUUCACGCCGUGACGGGCGUGUUCGCCGGCGAAAAGGUCAACAUCAUCGACCUGCAGCAGUUUUCGGAUCCCGUCACAGAAAAAUUCUUCAUGCGUGUGCACUUUGGCCCAACACCGACCGAGUCGCCCGAGUUCUUGCGCCCGCACUUUGAGAAGCUGGCCGGCGAGUAUGACAUGACGUACGACAUCCGGCCCGUGGCACAAAAGCCAAAGGUCCUCAUCAUGGUGUCCAAGAUCGGCCACUGCCUCAACGACCUCCUCUUCCGCGCCAAGACGGGCCAGCUUCCCAUCGAAAUCCCCCUCAUCGUGUCCAACCACCCAGACUUUGCGCCCCUCGCCGCCAGCUACGGCAUCGAAUUCCGCCACCUCCCCGUCACCAAGGACACCAAAGCGGCGCAGGAGGGCCAGAUCCUGGAACUCAUCAAAGAGCACGAUGUCGAGCUUGUGGUGCUGGCGCGCUACAUGCAGGUGCUGAGCCCGACGCUGUGCGAGGCCAUGAGUGGCAAGAUCAUCAACAUCCACCACAGCUUCUUGCCCAGCUUCAAGGGCGCCAAGCCCUACCACCAGGCCUACGACCGCGGUGUCAAGAUUAUCGGUGCCACGGCGCACUUUGUCACGGCCGACCUUGACGAGGGGCCCAUCAUUGAGCAACGCGUUGCGCGUGUGGACCACAGCCUGAGCCCCAAGGCGCUGGUGGACGAGGGAUCCAACGUAGAGAGCCAAGUGCUUGCGGCCGCCGUCAAGUGGUAUGCCGAGAGGAGGGUGUUUUUGAACGGCACCCGGACUGUUGUCUUUUAG